UGGUGCAGUGUCAGAUAGAUAAUGUGCUAAUGAAAUGCUGUUUAGGAGGCAUUGAAAAUUGUGAUUUGUACAGUUGAUGUUGAAAUGCAGUAGGUUUUAUAUUUGAUGAGUAAGUGCAGAUAAAGGAGGCUGUUUAACUCUUGUACUUCUGGCAGGAUUAUUCAAUAGAAUCAUAGAAUAUUAGGGUUGGAAGAGACCUCAGGAGGUCAUCUAGUCCAAUCCCCUACUCAAGGCAGGACUAAAUCAUCCCAGCCAAGGCUUUGUCAAGCCGGGCCUUAAAAACCUCUAAGGAUGGAGAUUCCUCCACCUCCCUAGGGUAACCCAUUCCAGUGCUUCACCACCCUCCUAGUGAAACAGUGUUUCCUAAUAUCCAACCUAGGCCUCCCCCACUGCAACUUGAGACCAUUGCUUCUUGUUCUGUCAUUUGCCACCACCGAGAAGAGCCUAGCUCCAUCCUCUUUAGAACCCCCCUUCAGGUAGUUGAAGGCUGAUAUCAAAUCCCCCCUCACUCUUCUUUUCUGCAGACUAAAUAACCCCAGUUCCCUCAGCCUUUCCUCGGAAGUCAUGUGCCCCAGCCCCCUAAUCAUUUUCGUUGCCCUCCGCUGGACUCUCUCCAAUUUGUCUACAUCCCUUCUGUAGUGGGGGGGGCCCAAAACUGGACGCAGUACUCCAGGUGUGGCCUCACCAGUGCCGAAUAGAGGGGAAUAAUCACUUCCCUCGAUCUACUGGCAGUGCUCCUACUAAUACAGCCCAAUAUGCUGUUGGCCUUCUUGGCAACAAAGGCACACUGCUGACUCAUAUAUCCAGCUUCUCAUCCAUUAUAAUCUCCAGGUCCUUUUCUGCAGAACUGCUGCUUAGCCAGUUAGUCCCCAGCCUGUUGCAGUGCGUGGGAUUCUUCCUUCCUAAGUGAAAGACUCUGUACUUGUCCUUGUUGAACCUCAUCAGAUUUCUUAUGGCCCAAUCCUCCAAUUUGUCUAGGUCACUCUUGACCCUAUCCCUACCCUCCAGCGUAUCUACUUCUCCCCCCAGCUUAGUGUCAUCUGCGAACUUGCUGAGGGUGCAGUUCAUCCCAUCAUCAGAUCAUUAAUAAAGAUGUUGAACAAGACCGACCCCUGGGGCACUCCGCUUGAUACCGGCUGCCAACUAGACAUCGAGCCAUUGAUCACUACCCAUUGAGACCAAUAAUCUAGCCAGCUUUCUAUCCACCUUCUAGUCCAUUCAUCCAAUCCAUACUUAUUGUGACAAAGUUCCUUCCCUGCCUUGGUGGGUCCUGUGCUUCUUGGUGGAUUUGCUCGCCUCAGAGAUUCACAGCAGCCUCCAGUUUGGCCACUUUUGCUAGUGGCUCAAACCUGCCGUUCACUCAGCUAACCUCAUCACUGGCCAGCAUGGGGAAAGGGAGGAGAACAGUCCCCGCAGUCUCUGCUGACCCACCUAGUGGGUUGGGGGAUAGGCCAGGGACCUUCCCCUCUGGUGGGACCCACAGUCCACGUCACCUCCUCUUGUCUCGAAGUGGGAGUUGGGGGGAACCCGGGCCCGCCCUCUACUCUGGGUUCCAGCCCAGGGCCCUGUGGAUUGCAGCUGUCUACAGUGACUCUUGUAACAUCUGCGUGACAGCUACAAUUCCCUGGGCUACUUCCCCAUGGCCUCCUCCCAACACCUUCUUUAUCCUCACCACAGGACCUUCCUCCUGAUGUCUGGUAACGCUUGUACUUUGCAGUCCUCCAGCAGUACGCCUACUCACUCUCAGCUUCUUGUGCCUCUUACUCCCAGCUUCUCACACACGCCCCUCACUGAUUGAAAUGAGGUCCUUUUUAAACCAGGUGCCCUGAUUAGCCUGCCUGUCUUAAUUGAUUCUAGCAGCUUCUUAAUUGGCUUCAGGUGUCCUAAGUAGCCUGUCUGCCUUAAUUUGUUUCAGCAAGUUCCUGAUUGUUCUGGAACUGCCCCUGUUACCUUACCCAGGGAAAAGGGACCUGCUUAACCUGGGGCUAAUAUAUCUGCCUUCUAUCACUCUCCUGUAGCCAUCUGGCCCAACCCUGUCACAUUAUUUAACCUGCUGGCAAGACUAUUGUGGGAGACCAUAUCAAAAGCUUUGCUAAAGUCAAGAUAUAUCAUAUCCACAGAGCCAGUUAUCUCGUCAUAAAAAGCGAUCAAGUUGGUCAGGCUUGACUUGCCAUUGGUGAAUCUAUGUUGACUGUUCCUGAUCACCUUCCUCUUCUCCAAGUGCUUCAACAUGCCGGACCCCAGUAAUUUGUACCGGCUUCCACCCCCCCACCCCUCGUCGGCCCUGACAGAGUACACGCCUAUGGCUUUGGACAGGUACAUGCUCUGGGAGGCCAGCCCCUUCUGUUGGUCGCACUGCUAUGACUACAGUCUGUUUUUAGUGUUGCUAGAUCAAUUAGAAGCCCUAAGGCUUUGUCUGCACACACAAAUAGUUAAAGUGGUACAACCCCCCCACCCCUACCAUCUCUUGGAGAGGUGAAUUAAAAGACUCUUCCGUUGAUGGAGGAAGCAUCUACACUACAGUGGCACAGCUGCACCAAUGUAGCUAUGCCACUAUAUUGGCUGUAGUGUGGACAUACUCUUAGACACCUUUAUACCCGUAUUACUGUGUCCACACUUGGGUUGGACCAGAUAACUAUUUCCGUUAAAAAACAAACACACACACAAUUAGCCCAAAAAGUCACAUUGGCAUAAAAACUGUGUGUGGAGCGGGUCUCAGGCACCAGGAGGCUUCACAUCUGAGGCCUGAAACAAAGCAGCAAACACAGGUGUCAGACCUGCAGGGUGUUCAGUGAUUGGUAUAAUCUGGGUGAUGUACUCAGGUCUGACCUAAGAAUGGAAGAACUGUGAGAUUCCAGCCCAAGCUAGGAAUAUUGGCUCCCUCUGUGCUGACUUUGUUUGCAAAAAGUUAAUCAUCAUUACCUAUCUCCAAGAAGAGGAGAUACCAGAGGGAAGAUGAGAAGGCAGUCAAACCAAGGCCUGGUCUACACUACGAGUUUAGGUCGACUUUAGCAGCGUUCAAUCGAAUUAAGCCUGGACACGUUCACACGACGAAGCCCUUUCUUUCGACUUAAAGGGCCCUUUAAACCGGUUUCUUUACACCACCUUCGACGAGGGGAUUAGCGAUAAAAUUGGCCUUUGCGGGUCGGAAUUGGGGUAGUGUGGACGGAAUUCGACGUUAUUGGCCUCCGGGAGCUAUCCCACAGUGCUUCAUUGUGACCACUCUGGACAGCACUCUCAACUCAGAUGCACUGACCAGAUAGACAGGAAAAGACCCGCCAACGUUUGAAUUUCAUUUCCUGUUUGCCCAGCGUGGAGAGCACAGGUGAUCACGCAGAGCUCAUCAGCACAGGUAACCGUGAUGGAGUCCCAGGAUCGCAAAAGAGCUCCAGCAUGGACCGAACGGGAGGUACAGGAUCUGCUCGCCAUAUGGGGAGAUGAAUCAGUGCUAGCUGAACUCCGUAGCAGUAAAAGAAAUGGCAAAGUAUUAGAAAAGGUCUCCAAGGCCAUGAAGGACCGAGGCCAUAACAGGGACACACAGCAGUGCCGCAUGAAAAUUAAGGAGCUACGGCAAGCCUACCACAAAGCCAGAGAAGCAAAUGGAAGGUCCGGGGCAGAGCCUCAAACUUGCCGCUUCUCCGCUGCAUGCCAUUCUAGGGGGUGAAGCCACCACUACCCCAACCGUGUGCUAUGACUCCCUCACUGGAGAAACACAGAGGGAAGAGGAUUCGGGGAACGAGGAAGAUGAGGAUGGAGGUAAUGUAGGUAGCUCACAGCAGCAAGGAAGCGGAGAAACUGGUUUCCCCAACAGCCAGGAUAUGUUUGUCACCCUGGACCUGGAACCAGUAACCCCCGAACUCACCCAAGACCCUGAAGGCACACAGGGGACCUCUGCUGCAAAUGUUUCUCCUUCACAGAGGCUAGUGAACAUUAGAAAGAGAAAACGGAGGACGCGGGACGAUAUGUUCACGGAGCUCCAGAUGUCCUCCCACGCUGAUAGAGCACAGCAGAAUGCGUGGAGGCAGUCCGUGUCAGACAUGAGAAAAGCACAGUAUGAACGAAAGGAGAAGUGGCGGGCUGAAUCACGGGAUGAACAGAGCAAGUUGCGGGCUGAAGAUGAUAGGUGGCGUCAGCUUGCAGACAGAAGGCAAGAGUCGAUGCUCCGGCUGCUGGAGCAUCAAACUGAUAUGCUCCAGCAUAUGGUUGAGCUGCAGGAAAGGCAGCAGGAGCAGAGACCGCCGCUACAGCCCCUGUGUAACCAACAGCCCUCCUCCCCAAGUUCCAUAGCUUCCUCACCCAGACGCCCAAGAACAUGGUGGGGGGGCCUCCGGCCACCCAGUCACUCCACCCCAGAUGAUUGCCCAAGCAUCAGAAGGCUGGCCUUCAAUAAGAGUUAAAGUUUUAAAAUGCAGUGUGUCCUUUUCCUUCCCUCCUCCCCCACCCAUCCCGGGCUACCUUGGCAAUUAUCCCCCUAGUUGUGUGAGGAAUUAAUAAAGA